AUGAAUACGGUACAAAAUUUCGUCCGCCGCGAGUCCGGCCGUGGAUUUUCGCGCCAGUACGAUGUCCUGUUGUUGCGGAUGCAUGUCCACGAGCGGGACAGUUGGAAGGGUAUCACACCGUCCGAACUCUCGCUCGACUUUAACCCAUCGCCCCCGAUACUGGCCGCAAAGUUUUCGAAACGGCGCGAUCAUGAGCACAUACUGGCGAUCGCGAACGAGGACGGGAAGAUAGCGCUGCAGGACACGAACCUGUCCAAUAGCGUAGCAGGUGGCGAGCGAGCUCUGGAAGGUAUGCAGUGCCAUAAUAAUGCCGUGUUUGACCUCGAGUGGAUGCCGGGUGAGGCAAAGUUGGUGACGGCGUCGGGUGAUCAUACGGCACAGUUGUGGACGCUGACAGAGUCCGAAAUGGUGAGCACACAGACGUUUCACGGGCAUUCACGUUCCGUGAAAACGGUAGCGUUCCGGCAGGAUGAUUCCGCAGUAUUUGCCACGGGUGGACGCGAUGGAGCGAUAAUGAUCUGGGACAUUCGAGCGCAACCCGGAAUGGACAUGCUUCCGCGUGCAGACAAUUGCAUUUUCAGCGCACACGCCGGUGGUCCCGGAACGCCGGCGUCACAUCGCAAACGAUCACGCCUAACGCCAAAGAUACCGGCCCAGGGUUGUAGCAGCAGCAUCACCGGGCUUGUCUUCCAGGAUGGGAAUACGCUCAUCUCGUGCGGUGCCGGCGACGGUAUGGUGAAGGUAUGGGAUACCCGGCGUCACUAUACAAGUCACCUGCGGGAAGCGAUGCCAAAGCAUUACUUCGCGUACGCCGGUACGACCGCGUUGAAGGGUUUCACAAACCUCGCCAUCGACGAACAGCGGCAUCGGCUGUACGUGAACUGCAUGGACAAUUACAUUUAUUGUUACAACAUCUCCUCGUAUGACGACAAACCGCUGCAGCGUUACGGCGGGUUCAACAACGGUACGUUCUACGUGAAAGCCGCGCUCAGUCCCGAUGGGCAGUACCUGAUCAGUGGGUCGAGCGAUGAGCGCUGCUACAUCUGGAAUGUGGACAACGGGAAGCCGCUGGUGAAGCUGGCUGGCCACUCGGCGGAAGUGACGAGCGUGGCGUGGAUGCAGAGUGAACGCGACGUGAGAAUCGUGACGUGCAGUGACGAUGCACGGCACAAGAUCUGGCGCAUUGGCCCCGAGGAGAUAGACUCUGACGAUCUGCAUUUGCUGCGUGGUUCCGCCGAGUAUUGUGAUUCCUAUCGGUUGGAACCGACGCAUAAGCUUAAACUGAAGGCGUUAGAUUUCACUCCCAAAUCGGUGCGAGGGUUCGUGCGGCGCAACGAAACGACACCGAGCAUGCUAGAGGACCUAAACCGUACGCCAAAGGCUUCCGAUGCCUUUGCGACGGCGGGAUCAAACUCUUGCUCGAGGCCAGACACGGAGCGAUCCGGCAAACGAACGUACUCCGAAAUGGCGAAGACAGAAGGCCACGUUCGUUGUCCACCGGUGAAGCGACCAUAUCGAGAGGAAGGCCGUGGUCGCCGGUUAUUCAGCCCGCUGAACACCAAAUCGCCACUCUGCAUUACCGCCCUCGAGAUUGCCGCGAGUUCGUCCUCUUCGCGGAGCCUUAACGUGAUCCUGGAAGCGAGCGACGAGCUUCAAGCUGACGCAUCGCCGUGCAAAUCUCCACUGGCCACUGCGAACAUAAUCCUCCGCUCACCGGAACCCACGCUAGAGCACCGGUGCGCCUCUCCAACGUUGAACGUGAAGUUGCCCAACUACGUCCUCGACGGAGAGGCACCGCAUUUAGUCAACGUGAUCGCUGCGUCCUUCGCCAUAACCGAUGGCUCAUCCGGCUCGGGAGUCGGUGCGCAGAACGAUGGAUCGCCUAGUGGUGGUGUGAAGCGGAAGAUGAAGGAACGCCUUGACUGGUUGACGAAGAUACGGAAGCAAAAGCAGAUGCAGUCGGUCAAAGGCAUAGAGAAUAGCUACGGGACAUUGCAGGAGAAAGACACCAAGUCGUCGGGGGUGCUCUCGCCACGUCUUCAACAGAUGAAAGCGUGCGAUGGAGGAGCGCUAGGAACAAAUGGAGAAAGCAAUUGCCAUCAGCAUCUGCACCAACAUCACCACCUGCUGCAGGAGAACACCUCUGCCAAUCUGCCGCACCUGCAAGAGAAAACUUCCGGCACUAUCACGGAAACUCCGACAACACCGCGUAGAAGAUCCUCAUGGUCGCGGGGUUGUAACAGUCCGCUUGAUGAGGGGUACGCCGUUGCUGGAGAAGACGAUUUGCACGUCCGGGGCGUUGUAAGAACGCCCAGGACACGGCGGUACUCGAUGAAUGGCGUACGGGGUUCGGUACCGGUUGCUUCGGAGUCGGCUUCCAUUCGACGGUUCCUGACAGUGACAACUCCCACCAGCCGAGCGAAUGCGCAAACCUCGAGCUGA